AUGGCGCUCUUCAUUACCCCCACUUCCGUGACAGCAACGAUCACUGUGACUAAAACCCUAUAUGAUAUCGUUUCAUUAACUACGUUAAACACUGCCAUCAGCCCUAGUCCCACUGCAAAUAUCGCUAAUACUACACCAACCUUUUCAACCAACGGCACAACAUCCACAUUUUCACCUUUUGCAUCUCUCACAAGCAACUCAUCCAACAUAACUACAUCAACAACCACAAAAAAACACCAUGCAGCCUUUUUGGUUAUUAUCUGGCUUGCGAUUCUCCUCAUGGUCAUGAAAAGUAAAAGUUCGUGGUUGGAUUUCCUGCGCUACGACGUAAAUUCUCAGAUCAGAGCCGAACGAGAGAAGAGAUCUGCGGAAAAUCAAAUUAGAGAAGCGGAGAUGAAAGAACAGUUGGAAAGAAUAGAUGAAGAGGAAGCUGCGCACAAGAAAAAGAUCAAAGAUGUGGAUAAGAGCGUGGCCGAUUUCUACCGUAUCGUUCGUUUUCGAACCAGAGCUAUGAACUUUCUUCCAAAAAGAUGA